UUCCAGCAUUCACCCGCGACGGCAGCAUUUUCACCACUACCAGCGUACGAUGGUAUCGGAGGAUCGCCCUCAUAUUAUUGUGAAAACGCACAAGUGGGCCGCCAUCCGCAGCGAAAAUCUGCUGGCUCGAGAUCAAGAAUGAGCACGAGAAAUUCUAGGCAGGCUGAAGGAGAUGAUGGACAAGAGAGCUCGAAUAUCAAGCCCACUAUUCGUGCUAUCAGAGAAGAAUUUGAAGAGAACGAAGACGCCAUUGAAGACCAGCAAACACACUUCGAUAAGGGACGUGAGCGAGGGGGAAGCGAAAUGGAUUCGUUUUCACUGUAUGAUAGCACUGGUGAAGCGCCAACUUUGCCAGUGGUUACACCGAGGGUGCUGGAAUUUGUCGGUAGAAGUGACUCGAAUCCUGCUGGCCCAGACCGCGUCCAACAACCCUCAGCCUCAUCAAGUGAGGAUCCGUACGACCCCAUGUACUUGAUGAUGCAGCUCUUUGAUCUCACCGUGGAGAAUCGCCCCCAGCUACUUAGUGAUGGACCACCGCUGACCCUGGCGCUGAGUGUUUUGGAUCGAACCCCAGAAUUAUCAAUUGGCAACUUCGCUUCGAUGAAGAAAAAGCGUCAUAUUGGUAAUGACUUUGUUCACAUCGUCUUCAAGGAGUGCGACGAGGACUACGACUUGCAGACCCUUUCUGGUCAGUUCAAUGACGUCCACAUUGUGAUCCAACCACUUAAUGACCAUCAGUACCGGACUGAGGUGCACGUCAAGCCAGGAAUUCCCCCUUUUGGACCACUUUACGGAAACCAGAUUGUGCCUAGCUCGAUUAUCUCGGGGAGUGUGCGACUGACAUGCCUGAACGCGAAUCUGGCGUGCCAGGUCUUCCACCAGGACCUCGUUGGGUUUGCCUUGAAUUGUGAAGAACGUCUGAAGCAAAUCAAGCAGUUGGGGAUUCGACUAGCCAUAGCCGAUGAGUGGAAACUGGAUGAC